AUGAAAAUUCUUCUGAUCCUCUCUGUUAUCCUCUGUGUCACUCUGUCAAUCAGGGCUGCGACAGACUCUGGAAGGAUGAAUGCUGACACGGCUGUUCUACCUCAAGCUCGUUUCUCUUUCUGUCUGGAUGGCUGGCUUAGUUUCCGUGGUAACUGCUAUUACUUAUCCAACAAUGUUGACAUCUGGAGAAAUGCAGAGAGCUUCUGUGCUGGUUACGGUGGGAGUCUGGCAUCCGCACACAACAUCUGGGAGUACAAUUUCCUGCAGCGUGUGGUCAACACGGGGGGGCACACUUUUGCCUGGAUUGGAGGUUACUUCUUCGAGGGUGACUGGAGGUGGGAGGAUGGCUCAGAGUUUAACUACCAUCAGUGGGAAACAGUGAGCUCCACUGACCAUUACCAGUGCCUGCAACUCAACUCUCAAGAGUCCAGAGGCUGGUCCAACCACGGCUGCAGCAUGAGCUUCCCCUUUGUUUGCCAGGUGAAGCCAAACUGUUAG